AUGAUUCCCACAGAAGGAAAAAAGUUUGGUUAUUCCUUGUUGUCAAAAAAUUUCGCCUUGGUUAAUUUAAACAAGAAUAACGAAAGAGAACUGUGGAUUGCCUACAAGCGGAUUUUGGUGCUAGAAACGUCUGGGUUUUUGGACACACCUGAUAGUUUAUCGUUAAGACAAGUUUCCGACGGAAGAAGACUCGUUCAGCUGGUAACUCAGCAUGGAGAAAUAAAAGACUGUGAAUAUACGAAAAAUUUUAAAACUAUUCUUUCGUUCAUCGACAAAUUUGUAAAUAUAAAAUCAGUCAUAUCGAAAAGCAUCCAGAAAAACGUCACCGAGGCUUAUUCCUCAAUACCUGUCUUAAAACUGGGUAGUGCUUAUUCGGUUCUGAAGGAUCGCAGUUCUCUUGGAAUAUUCAAAAACUAUGUUGACUUAAAACACCAAAGACAGGCGUGUCACUUGUUUUACAGACGAGUUAGAAAGGAAGCUCAUCGUAGAAAAUUAGCAGACGAGACCAGUCGAAAAAGGAACCGAACGAAGAAGAAUCGACGUGGAACCAACGAAUCGAUUUCUAAGACACGUCUUCGCGUAAAACGGGAUCUGUUGUCGGGGUGGUUCAUAUUUCCGGGGACAAAAUGGUGCGGCGACGGCGACAUAGCGGAGUCGUAUGACGACUUGGGUUACGACAUCGGCACCGAUUCGUGCUGCAGGAAGCACGACAAUUGCAAAUACAUCAUCGAAAGAUUUACUUGGAAAUACAAUCUGUUUAACUAUCGCUUCACGACCAUGAGUCACUGUGAGUGCGACAACAGAUUCCGCAAAUGUCUGAAGCAGUCAACGUCGGCCACGGCUCAUUUAAUGGGGAAAAUCUUCUUCAACGUCAUCGCUCCCCAGUGCUUUCACUUCAAGAAGAAGAAGGUGUGCAAACGCAGGAACUGGUGGGGCGUGUGCAAAAAAUACGGACUAAAUCGCAUAGCUUUUCCGCGAAAGUCCAGGGAAUUUUGAAUGGUUUGAUCCAAAGUAUCAACUAGGAAAGAAAUUCCUCGUUGUUCGGAGCAAAAUUGAUUCAGUUGGAAAAAAAUAUCAUGUUUAUUAGUUGGGGGCUUAUAAAACGGCGACGGAAUAACAGCGAAUUUGUUUCCCUUGUCGUUGUUCUGAGCAUAAUAAAUUCAGUUUGCCAAAGCAAAAAUCAAAAUGUAUGAUAGUACGGCAACGAAAAAGCAACGGAGUUUUGUCCCCUUGUCAUUCAGAGCAGUAUGUUUAUUUUAAAAAAUAAAAAUCUAGUAUAAAACGGAGACGGGAAAAUAACAAUUCCCCUUGAUACUUAAAACAAAAUUGGUAACCCAAGUCUCAAUUGACUGACAAUGAGUGAUGAACAUCAUUUAAUAAUCAUGAGCUCUAGGUUAGGUUCUCAUUAGCAUAAUAAACCUCACUAACAAUGUUCACCAUUCACUGUGCUUUGGACCUGACCUCAGGGUACCUGUCAGCCAGAAAUAACAAAAUAUUCACAUGCAGAGGGCUCUGGGCGAAACCAGAUGAUGGUGAUCAUAUCCAAAUAAGAUUCAGUCAUGUUAUCAUGGACACGUGGUUCAGAACAGGAGUCUGC